AUGGUUCAGGCACGACAAUUCCGAAAAAGUCACCCCGGCGCUCACUAUGCUGCUGCCAUUUUCAGAUCCCAGCGUGAGUUGGCUGUGAAGUUCAGGUCAUUCAACAACUUCUCGUGCGUGGACGAUAAACACCGCGUAAAAGUUGGGGAACCAGGAUUUCCUGUUGCUGCGGCAGAGAGAGGACGCCGAGUUCUUGUGAGCCUUAAUAGUUCGUUCCAAGUUGGUGAUCACGAUUUUACUCAACAUAGUAUUGUUCCUUCAGUCUGCUUCCUGGUAGAUAUUCCUGAAACUGUUGAGUCAUCAUGGUACGUCAAGUCGCAGUAG